AGUUUAAUGGUUUGUUUAUGAAUAGUUAGGGUUUCAAAUGUUGGAAAGCGCUUGACUUCCCAUCAUGGAUAACGGGCGUAUCGUGUGGGGUCCGCACGCCGACCAUGGUUUUGUCUUGGGGACGAUCACUGAUAUCGGUCACAACACAAUCACUGUACAACCUACAGCUACAAAUGUCAAGCCGAUCACAGCUUCAUAUAACCAAGUAUUUCCUGCCGAACCGGACACAAAGAAAGAUGCAGAUGAUAAUUGUUCGUUGAUGUAUCUCAAUGAAGCUACACUGCUUCAUAAUCUGCGUUUACGUUACAAAAAAAAUAAAAUUUACACCUAUGUUGCGAAUAUACUGAUAGCAGUGAACCCGUACCAAGAUGUUCCUUCCUUGUACAAUCAACAACAAGUGAAAAACUACAAGGGAAAGUCACUUGGUGUUCAACCUCCUCACUGUUAUGCUAUAGCUGACAAAGCCUACAGAGACAUGAAGGUUUUGUCGAUGUCUCAAUCUAUUAUAGUGUCUGGUGAAAGUGGAGCAGGAAAAACCGAAAACACCAAGUUUGUUUUGAGGUAUCUGGCCGACAACUAUGGUGCGGGGGAUGACAUUGAUAAAAGAAUUGUUCAAGCGAAUCCAAUUCUUGAAGCAUUUGGAAACGCGAAGACGAUGCGUAAUAACAACAGUAGUCGGUUUGGAAAAUUUGUCGAAAUUCAUUUCGUUAAGGGAAAAGUUGUUGGUGGUUUUGUGUCUCACUACUUGCUUGAGAAAUCACGAAUUGUGAUGCAAAAUUCACGCGAAAGAAAUUAUCACAUAUUUUAUCGCUUAUGUUGUGGAGCACCCGAUGAUGUUCGAACGAGGUUGCAUCUUACAACUCCCGAUAACUUCAGGUAUUUAAGAAAUGGUUGCACUCAAUAUUUCUUAACUGAUGUUGAAGCUUCAAAAGUUAAAGGUGUAUUAUCUGAUGAGCACAAAAAGAAGGGUUCCCUGAAUGAUAUUUUACUCAACGAUUACAAAGAUUACGAACGUCUCUUGUCAUCCAUGAAGCAGAUUGGAAUCUCACAUCAAGACAUGAUGGAUAUAUUUCAAGUGGUGGCUGGUGUAUUACAUCUUGGUAAUAUAACAUUUGAAGAAGCUGGAGGCUCAUCAGGUGGUUGCAUGGUGAGUGAAGAAAGCAAAACAUCAGUGAAGAUAACGUCGGAUCUACUCGGUUUAGAAGCAAAUUCAUUAACUGAAGCGCUCACUACAAGAAGCAUGAGGUCUGCUGGGGAAACCAACACGAUAAAAGUUCCGCUGAAACAAGCUCAAUCAUCCAAUGCCAGAGAGGCGUUAGCAAAGGCCAUAUAUUCGAGGUUGUUUGACCACGUUGUGUCAAGGAUAAACCAGUGUUUCCCAUUCAAAUCAUCCCAGGGCUACAUUGGGAUCCUCGAUAUUGCUGGAUUUGAAUAUUUUGAGGUAAACAGUUUCGAACAAUUCUGCAUCAACUACUGCAACGAGAAGCUUCAACAAUUCUUCAACGAACGAGUUCUACGAGAAGAACAAGAAUUAUACGCCAAGGAAGGCUUGGGGGUUCAUGAAGUCACAUAUGCUGACAACCAGGACUGUAUUGAUUUGAUUGAAGCAUCCCGUGUUGGAAUCCUCGAUAUUCUGGAUGAAGAAAAUAAACUUCCUGCAUCAUCUGAUAAUCAUUUCACAUCCGUUGUUCAUUCAAAACAUAAGAACCACUUCCGCAUAUCGAUCCCACGAAAAUCCCAGCUCUCCAACCAUCGUAACUUGAGAGAUGAUGAAGGAUUUCUGAUCCGACAUUUUGCUGGAGCUGUCUGCUACCAAACCGUUCAAUUUGUGGAAAAGAACAACGACGCCUUGCACAAUUCUUUGGAACAGUUAGUCUCCAGUAGCAGAAACAAAUUAGUUUCACAAAUUUUUGAAAAUUCAAAAACGACAUCCACAAAGGGGAAACUAGGCUUCAUAAGUGUCGGUAACAAAUUCAAGAUGUCGGCACAAAAUGAGACUGCACGAAUUAAUUCGUUAAACUUUGUAAGUGUUGGAAGUUUAUUCAGGACACAACUUGGUCAGUUACUUGAGAAGCUGAACAACACUGGAUCGAGUUUCAUUCGUUGCAUCAAACCAAACUUAUCCAUGCAAAGUAGUUUGUUUGAAGGGGGGCAAAUUCUAAGUCAACUGCAAUGUUCUGGAAUGGUCUCUGUGCUCGACCUAAUGCAAGGAGGAUUCCCCUCACGUGCUCAGUUCAGCGUUGUAUACAACAUGUACAAAUCCAUUAUGCCAGAAAAGUUAAAACGUCUGGAUCCCAGGCUAUUUUGCAAAGCAUUGUUUAAAGCUCUUGGAUUGGACGAUAAUGAUUUCAAAUUUGGUUUGACAAAAGUUUUCUUCAGACCAGGAAAGUUUGCUGAAUUUGAUCAACUCAUGAGGUUUGAUCCAGAAAAUCUGAAAAUUCUGAUAAAGAAAGUUGAGAAAUGGUUGAUCCGAGCUCGAUGGAGGAAAAUACAGUGGGGGGCACUGUCUGUUGUUAAAUUGAAAAACAAAUUAUUAUGGAGAAGACAGCAAUACAUCUGCAUACAGAAGCACCUGCGUGGGUACAUUGCUAGAAAGAAACACCUACCAAGAAUUCGUGGAUUAUUGAAAGUCCACCAUCUUCUACGUCAACUUCCCAGGAUGCGUGAAAUGACUUCGGUGUUGAAGGAAAAUAAAAAAGAAAUGUUGGCCAAGGUGGAAAAGCAUGAGAAAGAUAUCAAAUCGAACAUCGCUAAAAUUAAGGCUUCCAUACUCAGCAAGGAAAAGAUGGAGGAGAUUUAUAAGAUGUUGGUGAAACAGGAGGAAGUGAUCUUGAAAGAUGUUCAGUCGAGGAAGAUGGCCGAACAAGAGGCGGAAAAAGCGAGGAAAAUAAAGGAGGCAUUGGAAAAAGAGAAAAAAAGAAGAGAAGAAGAAGAACUGCGAAAGAAAAAAGAAGAGGAAGAGAGAGAACGAAAACAGAAGCAAGAAGAAGAGAACAGAAAAAUCAAAGCUGAGAUGGAGGAGAAAAGAAAAAAAGAAGCAGAAGAACAACGAAAACGAGAUGAACUGCAAAAACAAAUGGAGGCACGUUAUAAUGCUGAGAUGGCUGUUAGAAGAGCAGAGGAAGAGAAAAAACGCGCAGUUGAAGAACAAGAAAAACGUGACCGUGAACUUGCGAUGCGACUCGCCAAAGAUGACGGACACUCUCAACUUGUUGAUGAAUUGCCGAUGUCUGCAACUGUCAUGCAACAGCAAAAGAAAGCGAUGGCAAGCGGAAGUUCUCCCACUGGUCGUAAAAAUGAUUUGACGCGUUGGAAAUAUACAGAACUACGAGAUGCAAUAAACACAUCAACUGAUAUUCAGUUGUUGGAAGAAUGUCGUGAAGAAUUCCAUCGUCGAUUGAAAGUUUACCACAUGUGGAAGGCAAAGAACAAAGCUCGUAACCAGACACAGGACAUGAGAGCCCCUCAAACUGUGGUCGAUAAUGCUGAAAGACAACCAGUGAUGGCAAAGACGAUGGCGGUUCUUCCUGCCAAGUCCGCAGCAUCCGCAACAUCGGGGAAGAUCAACGAUCAUCGGAUGCAAAGAUACUUCCGCAUCCCAUUUAUCCGCCCAUCAGAUGUUGGACAAGAUCCUAAUCUUAUGAAGAAGGGAUGGUGGUACGCUCAUUUUGACGGACACUUCAUCGUUCGUCAGAUGGAAUUACAUCCCGAUAAAGUUCCUUUGCUACUUGUAGCUGGUAAAGACGACAUGCAGAUUUGUGAGUUGAGUUUAGAAGACACGGGGUUAACUAGAAAGAAAGGAGCUGAAGUUCUUCCUCGGGAAUUUGAACAGGUGUGGAACGCAAAUCGGGGUCGAGAAUAUUUGCUUGCGGCCAUCAACACCAAGCAGGCACGACCAAGUUACGCAACAGCUGCUUUACAAGCUGCACGUUGAAGUUAUUUUCAAAAUCUUAAAAUACUGGCUGAAAAAUACUGGCUGAAUCAUCCUAAUCACACUUGCUGUUGGUUUUGGGAAAUGUCUUUAAAUUGGUCCAUAAUAUUAUCCUUUAUGAUUUUAUGUUCUAGUUAACAUUCUGCAACCAAAACAGCUUCACAAUGAAAAGCUACCAAUUAACAUCACACAAAGAAAGAAAGUGGUGAAAUGUCAUUAUAUGUUACAGAGUGUUAAUUUUAAGACGCUAAAUUUAAUAUAGGCAAUUUUAAUCUGUAGUUUUUAUAAAGUAUUUUAUAAAUUUAUCGCAUUCCACAUCCUAUAAUUUGUGCAAUUGAAUCAAAUACUGUGUGAUUUUUACAGUUUAAAUUUCUAAAUAUUUUCAUAAAAUUACUGUGUUAAGAAGUAGCAAUUCUAAUUAAUCUACAAUUCAUAUUUACAAAAUAAUGCUGGUAAAUAUCCGUUUCAAAUUUCAUAUGAAUAUUUUGUGUUAGAUUCUAACUAUCUAGUUGUGUGCUGAAAAUUAUUUAAUAAUUUAUAAUAAUUUAUAGAAGGUAAAAAUAUGAAUGUUUUUGAAAAUUAUAAAAUUUGAAUCACAACCGUUGUACAGAGCCAUGUGCGCUGGUUUGGCCGCAAACCAAUUCAAUGAAGGAAAACUGGGCUGUAACACUAAAAGUUUAUAACUCCAUAGUGGUGGUACUUGAUUAGUUCAUAUAAUGUUAGUUGUGUGUGUGUUGUAUUAGCUUCGGUACAUAAGGGUCUAAUUACCAUGAUUGUGAUGAAAGCUUUCUGAUUGUAGUGAAAACAAAUUGCGCAAUAAAUUAUCAUAAAGCUUC